AUGGCGGCGCCCGCGCUGAGGAGCUUCGCUGAGCCUUAUCACUGCAGUGAAUAUGGAAAAUCUUUUACAGGGCGUAAUGCUCUCCAAUAUCUUCAGAAAGUUCACACCAGAGAAAAGCCUUAUCAAUGCAGUGAAUGUGGGAAAUCUUUUGCAUGUAGCAGUAGUCUCCGAUAUCAUCAGAGAUUUCACUCUGGAGAAAAGCUAUACAAAUGCAGUGAAUGUGGUAAAGCUUACACCAGUAACACUGAACUUUCUCGUCAUCAGAAAGUGCACACUGGAGAAAGGCUUUAUCAGUGCAGUGAAUGUGGGAAAUAUUUUAUCCGGAGCAUUGCCCUUCGUUAUCAUCAGAGAGUUCAUACAGGAGAAAAGCCUUAUGAAUGCAGUGAAUGUGCAAAAUCUUUUAGAAGUAGCAAUGGUCUCCAAUAUCAUCAGAGAGUUCACGCUGGAGAAAAGCCUUACAAAUGCAGUGAAUGUGGAAAAGCUUUCACCGCUAAAACCCAACUUCAUAAUCAUCAGAGAGUUCAUACGGGAGAAAAGCCUUAUCAAUGCAAUGAAUGUGGGAAAUCUUUUACCCAGAGUUGGUCCCUUCAUUGUCAUCUAAGAAUUCAUACCGGAGCAAAGCCUUAUCAGUGCAGUGAAUGUGGGAAAUCUUUUAACCAGAGUUCUGCCCUUAGAAAUCACAAGAGAAUUCAUACAGGAGAAAAGCCUUAUAAAUGCAGUGAAUGUGGAAAAUCUUUUACCAAAAACACUGCCCUUUGUAAUCAUCAGAGACUUCAUACAGGAAAAAAACUUUGAGACACAGAGAUCACUCCCAAGAGAGGGUACCUGUGACAAACUCAAGUAUGUC